UAAGGGCCAAGGUGACGUUAACGUAACUUUAAAAUUUAAAAAAAAAAAAAGCCUUUCUUUUUUGCUCAUUUUGUGUGUCAGAGAGAAAGAAAGAUUUGUAGUUGAAGCAGCAGUUGCUGGUUGCUCUCUCUAUCUCAGCUUUGCUUACUUAAGAAACAAAUACCAGAGGGAGGUUAGGCCAACAGUCAGCUAGCUUCUCUCUGAACUUGCUUAUUCCCUUGGAAUCAAAGCAAAGCUCUUUUGGCUUUUGCAGUUGAUUCUUGGUCACCAUCUGAAACCCAAUCUUCACCUGCCUGUCUUAUUCUCCCAACCCCCUUCCCCCUUCUCCAAUCUGCUUAUCUUUCUUUAUUCUAUAAUCUUUCUACUUACGCCUGGUGCUUAUUCAGGUUCUUGCUUAAAUACCCACUUGAGAUUUUCAUGUUUUGUGUGUGCUUUGGGGAUCUGUGUUUCCAAUUCUUUCUUACGUCAAAGCUUUUGAGGAUAAAGUUCUUUUUUGUUGUUCUCAGGCCUAUUUGCAUAUACCGUUUUCGGUUUUUAAACUCUAUGAGUUCUUGAUUUUUUGGGUUUUUGCAGCUGGUGCAGAUUCUGUGGUGUUCUUCAAUUGAAGGCCCACCUAUGAUUUAUGCUUGAAGGUUCAGAUUUUCAUUGGAGAGAAUUUUGGUAUUUCAAGUAUUUGGUCCCACCACUCAACCCUGCUGGUAUUUGCAUUUUUGCCUCACUGAAUUCUCAUGAUCAUCUAAAGCUUUCAAUUAUAAUCUAUUGCCAAUCCGUUCUUGUGAUUCCCAAUACAAUAUCUGUGAUUUGCCAACUAGUCACAUAGAAUUCAUGCUGGUAUAUAUUCCGUUUCCGGUUAAUUCUUCAUGCUAUAGCUUGAUAACUAAAUCUUGUACUUCUUCAUCAAACCAGUUUUCUUUCCAUAUUUGAGCAGUUUAACGCUCAAAUCCUAAAGUUCAUACCUUAAUAUUCCCAAAUGAAUACCCGGUAUUUCUCUCCACCAGACUCGUUGUGUAAUUCGGGUAGCACAGUUUCAUUUUCAGCAAAUUCUGCAGUAGGAGAGGAUCGUGGGCCUGUGAUCACCAGAAACAGGUCUUCUCGUGCUCCCCCUUCUACUUUCUUGAUAAGAAUGGCAAUGAGGAUAUCAAGAGCAAGGUGGUUCACCUUCUUGAGAAGAGUAUUCCACUACCAGAAUGGUUCAAGAUCCAAUCUUGGGUCUAAUCCUUUCAAUUCUAGCACUUGGAUGAUGCUGGAGUUUAUAGCUUUGAUUGUUCAAAUAAGUACGACUACAUUUACUUUGGCUAUCUCCAAGAGGGAGAAACCUGUUUGGCCUAUGAGAAUAUGGAUUGUUGGUUAUGAUAUUGGCUGUCUCCUUAGCUUGCUGCUACUCUAUGGGCGCUAUCGCCAAGUUACUCAAGGAGAUGGUUUUGGCCUUUCUGAUUUGGAGCAGCAGAGGGGCAUUGAGGACUCCAGGUGUUCACAUCUGAUGAACAAAUGUCGGACUUCACUGGAGCUAUUUUUUGCAAUAUGGUUUGUCAUGGGUAAUGUUUGGGUCUUCGAUUCUCGCUUUGGAUCUUUCCACCGAGCUCCAAAACUCCAUGUUCUCUGCAUCUCUCUGCUCGCUUGGAAUGCUCUGAGCUACUCAUUUCCUUUCCUACUUUUUCUGCUGCUAUGUUGUUGCGUGCCACUCAUCAGUAGUGUCCUUGGUUACAACAUGCAUAUGGGGUCUGCUGAAAGAGGGGCAUCUGAUGAUCAAAUCUCUAGCCUACCAAGCUGGAAAUAUAAAGCAGUCGACACCAGUUUGGAGGUUGGCAAUGGUGUUGAUUGCAAUUCAACCCUUGCAAGUGAAGAUCCGGAAUGCUGUAUUUGCUUAGCCAACUACAAAGACAAGGAAGAAGUUAGGCAGUUGCCAUGUUCGCAUAUGUUUCACCUCAAGUGUGUAGAUCAUUGGCUCCGAAUUAUAUCUUGUUGCCCACUUUGCAAACAAGAACUGGAGAGAUAGACAGCAAGAUAAUAAUGGAAAGCUGAAGUUUUUAUCAAGCUUUUUUUCCCCUGUUUUCUGCUUUCUUUGCUAUGUGUGAUUCUUGUGUAUCUACAUGAUUCUCUCUUCCUCUCUUUUUGAGUAUUGUAUUUACAUGGUUACUUGAGCGAGUGAUUUGCUUGUACAGUGGAGCUCACCAGUAACCACAAAACCAUAUAUGUGAUGAGUAUUUAUGCGAGGAAAAUGAUGCUGGAGUGCUUGCUUCCUAAGGGUAGCAGCCAGACCAUUAGUCCUCAAGAAUACCCCAAAACUUGCAUAUGAUUUUUUUUUACAUUGUAAUACAUAUUUUCAAUACACAUGAACAACAAAUUUAAAUAUAUUUCAUAAA